AUGGCACCCCCAGCCAAUACUCUGCAGUCUGCAACUCUACCUUCUGAGGCCGGCUUGAAACCGAUGAGGGACUUAAAGAGGGCGCUGUCUGACAAAAGUAGAGGUCCAGCGCUCGGUGUAUUGACAAAGGCCUUUCAUGACUUCUUCGUGGCGCGAGCGGAGACUUUCGAGGUCAUUACCGGGUAUCAGGCGCAACUGCUCUCUAUGACAUGGAAAUACGUGAGGUCUCAUGAAGCCGAGCUGGAAGCUGAAGACUGGCAGACAAUGUAUUCUACAGAGAACCUUGAGAAUGUGCUGUUUGUCCUGUCGGAAGCCAAGUGCCUUCCGGAAUCGCGUGAUGCCGUUCUCAAGGUAGCUCGUUUCGCUUUUCUGGACCUGUGUGCUGAUCAUGGCUAUGGUGCCAAUAAUAUUAGUCGGCCUGCCCUCUCCGCCUAUAUCAAAUGCCAAGCCUUGAAUGGCAACCCGGAGGAAGCACGGCAUGUUGUCGAGAGGUUUUGGAGCAGGCUGCGCAAGACCAAGCCCUCGCCAUGGCUUACGGUGAUGAGAGGCUUCGCCAUGAACAAUGAUAAGCAACAACUUCGCUGGACCACUAAGAAGAAAUUCGAUGAGCUCGGUAUCAGAUUUGAUAGCGAAACUCACGAGCAAUUGGUCAAAAUUCUCAUUGAGCAAGACUUACUGUCGGCUGUCAAGAUCAUGUAUGAGUGUCCAAUCACUGGUGACGUCGAGCCUACGCUUGCUACCAAGGAAGCUGUCGUUAAAUAUACCCUUCUAAAAUCCGAGAUAUCGUGGGCGAAGCCUAUCGUUGACUCAGUCUCUCAGGCGCCGAAAUCACAGACUGUGGGCAUGAUGUUGCUGUGGGAAGCGGCCCAUGGCAGGAGCGCCUCUGAGAUCUCGGAGCUGCUCCAGACAUGGGCAUUGGAAGAUUCGAACGUGAAGACAGCGCUUACUGCCUCUCACAUCAAUAACCUCAUUCAAUACGCCAAUUCCAUCAAGAACCCGCAACUUGCCACCGACUUUGCCGCCCUAACUUCUCAAUGGAAUGUUGUGCCAGAUACGCAAACACGUCUCCUGCGGUUGGAAGCUGAAAUUAUCGCUGGCAAUGUGAGACGGACGAUGGAAUUGGUGGAAGAUCUACAGGACGUCGGCUCAUUCACACUUGAGAAUUUGCCAUUAAUGAAUAGGCUCCUAAGUAUGCUUUGCUUGCUGGGGAAUGAUGAUGCCUUGUACGACCGUGUUUCGGCUUUUCUGGACCCAUUAUUUGAAAACAACGUCCGUCUAGAGGCAGACACCCUCGCAGCGCUGACGCACCUCUUGCUCUACCGACAUGACUGGGAAGGCGUCUCAGAAUUGCUCCGCCCCCGUCUUGGAUCGUACGACUCUGAAGAGAGGACGAAAAUCCGGCAGGCGCUCACUAAUUACAUCUUGGAUACCGCUCAGGAUAGUGCAGAUGCGUGGGAGGCAUACGGAUUGCUGCAGGUCGCCUUUCCGGAAACAGGAGUCAGCAUGAGGACUGAGAUCAUGACGUCCUUCUUCAAGCGCGAAAGAGGCGAUCUCGCGGUCCUCGUGUUUGGGCAUAUGCGCCAAGCGGAGGACUUCGCGCGACGGCCGAAGCCUGAUACUUAUGCGCGCUGUUUCCAAGGCAUUGCUCAAAUGCAAGACGCCAAAAAUCUGGAGCUCGUCCACAACAUGCUCAAAUUGGAUGUAGAAGUGGACCUCAACACCCGACUCUUAAACGAGCUGAUGCUGGCUUACGCCUGUUGUGAUAUGCCAGAUAAGAGCAUGGAGAUAUUCCGCGACAUUCUGCAGUCAGAGGAAGGCCCGUCCACCAGGACCAUCUUGGCCUUCUUCAGGAUGUGCGAGAAGCAUCAUCAUGGAACCCAAGAGGCGAUGAGGAUGAUGGACAAGGUCAAACUACUCGAAAUCGAGGUUGACCGACGGCUGUAUACGGCAUACGUCGAAGCGUUGGCUGCGCAGUGUGAGUUUGAGCUUGCGACUCAGGCGAUUAACAAGAUGCAAGAGGAAAUCGGAUGCUCUCCGACUUACGACUCAAUUGGCCGCCUCUACAAUGCCAUUCCGUAUCAAUACUGGAAAGAUGAGGUCGAAAAGUGGGCCAAAGCGCACUACCCGGAGCAAUGGACACAGCUUGAGAAAGUCGAACGCACCGACCAUGAAGAGGGCUUCAAGUUUGAGUUGGAUAGCCGAUAA